GAUUAGUUGAUGGAGAUGACAAGCCAACAAUGGGAUUUAUAUAUGAGGCAAUGGAGCGAGCAAAAUUGGCUAUUCAAAAAAAUUGUAGAAGCUAUUUGGAAUAUUGGAGAAUAAUUGAUCAUAGAUGGAAUUUUCAAUUGCAUCAUGACUUACAUGCCGCUGGAUAUUUUCUAAAUCCUCAAUAUCAAUAUGGCCCACAUGAUAUUGGAAAUGAUAAUGAGAUCAUGUUGGGUCUCAAAAAUGUGAUUCAACGUCUAGAGGGAGAUUUAGUAAAUCAAGGAAAAGCAUUAAAUCAAGCCCUACUUUUUCGGGACAAAAUAGAGAGUUUUGGAACAGCUUUGGCGCAAAAGGCAAUUAAGUUCACUAAUCCAGCUGAGUGGUGGAUUAAUUAUGGAGAAAGUGCUCCUGAGUUGAGAAAAAUUGCUAUUAAAGUACUGAGCCAAACAACUUCAGCUUCAAACUGCGAGAGAAAUUGGAGUACAUUUUCUCUCAUUCACACAAAGACAAGAAACAGAUUGAAGUAUCAAAAAUUACAUGCACUUGUCUUUGUGCACUACAACAUGAGGCUGAAAAUCAGAAAUGUGACAAGAAAGAGCCAACAGGAGUUAGACAGGAGCUACGAUCCAAUUAAUUUGGAUUAUAUUUUUGAAGAAGAUGAUCCGUUAAACUCUUGGUUGGAGGAAAGGGAAUCUUCAUUGCUUGAUGGGCAACCAAAUCCAUGGUUAGAUGAUGAAGAGGCGGGUAAUGCUCCAUCACAACUCAAACUCAAGGACAACAAGGUACUGCUGGUGAUGAUGAUUCUUUUAUUUUAUCCAGCUCUAGUAGUGAUGAUGAUGAUGGUGGUGGUGAUCAAGGUGGAGGAGGAACCACAGUUGAAGGAGGUGGUAGUCGUAGUUCACAAGAUCCACCUAGUCAAAGACAAAGUGGAAUUAGAAUUGCUUCUGAACCAUCUCCAAUGCGUACAUAUCAAAGAUCACGAGGCUCUCAUAGUUCUAGUACUGGUGGUGCUGAAACAUCCCAAACAAGAGGUAAGGAUGUUGCAUAUGAGGAGGAGGGGUCAAUUGAUUCAUUAAAUUAUGGAUACAACGCUGGCACGCAUAAUCCAAAUUUUAUGUAUGGUGGUGGACCUGGUGGUAGCUCAUCAUCUGAAGAUACUUCAUCAAAUUAUGGGUUCCAUGGCCAAUUUAGAGGGGUGUCAUAUCCAACAAAUUAUCCUCCUACAUAUUCAUAUUACCCCUUAUCAGGAGCAGAGUCAGCUUUAUCAUACCCUCAGCCAACUUAUGGUGAUCCUAAUGAUAUUAUGGGUGGUGGUUCUUUAUUCAGUUUUGAUCCACAACAAUACUAUCAACAUCAGCAGCAUCACCUUAAUGAUCAAAGCUCAGAGAGCCAAAGUCAAGACCAACAAAAACCUGCACGACGUUCUUUUU